AUGGAUUACGACUUCAGGAACAAGUCCGGCCCAUCCUACGGCCGACCGAUGUACGGAACCGCGUCGGCUUCUCCUUCGCCAGCAUCUAGCCACCCUAUGUACGGACCUCCGGGAUACCCGAAGAUCGGUCAACAAAGCGGCCACGGCCAACCGUUCUUCCCUCCGCCGGAGAGAAACUCUUCGUUUCAGCAUAACUCUUCUCCGUUCCCUUCUUCUUCUUCAUCUGGAUUAGGAAUCAAGGUGACUCUGAAGCCUGAGUAUCGUAUCACUCCACCGCCACAGUUGUUGCCUCGAGUGGGAGACAUUCCUCGGAGCAAUUUCCAAUUCGAUUUCGGUUUAGAGAGGAAAGUCCUUGCCGAGGCAGAGAAAGAUAACCCAGACUGGAGCAAAUUCGGGACCGAGAAUCCUCCUCCACCGGCUAGAUUUCCAGAACCAACACCUUCUUCACUGGGUGUAGAUCCGGUAGUGAUGAAAUAUGCUGGGCUUAACCGAGAAGCUGUCAACAUUGCGGUUGCAAACUAUGGUGAUAAUCCUACAAAGGUUCAGGAAUUUGCAAAUGGGUUCACAGCGAUACGAGAGAUGGGGUUUCCAACAAACGCUGUCGCAGAAGCUCUCUUCAUGUUUGAGAACGACACUGAUAAAGCAUUGUCACAUUUGCUCCAUGGCUCUUCUUGA